AUGCUCUUAUGCAACCAAACAUCACUACCACCAAAGUUACCAUUUCAGUAUCUGAAAAUGAUCACAAACAACUUCUCUGAUGAGCAUGCUCUCGGUAGUGGUGGUUCAGGUGUGGUAUACAAGGGAAGGAUGAGUAAUGGAGAAUUCGUUGCCGUGAAGAAACUUCAAGUGUCAUUGCCAAGCUUUCAGAAACAGUUUGAGAAUGAGGUGUAUCGUCUAAUGUACCUUAAUCACCCGAAUAUAGUGCGACUUCGAGGGUACUGCUACGAAACACAGAAUAUAUGUGUAGAGCACAAUGGGAAUUUCGUCUUUGCGGAGAUGUCAGAAAGGUUGCUUUGCUUGCAAUAUUAUGCUAACGGAAGCCUUGCUGAUGAAUCUUCUGGACUUGAGUGGGACACCCGCUAUAACAUAAUUGUCGAGAUUUGCUAUGGUUUAAAGUACCUUCAUGAGGGAAAAGAUAAGCCCGUGCUCCAUAUGGACCUAAAGCCGGCCAACAUAUUGCUGGAUAAUGCUAUGAAGCCAAAGAUUACAGACUUUGGUCUUUCAAGACUACUCGAUCAACAGCAAACUAUAAGCACUUCAAGUCGUGAUGGAACACUGGGUUACAUGGCACUAGAAUACCUACAUGGAGGUACGGUCACAGCUAAAUCAGACAUACUUAGUUUGGGUGUAAUAAUUUUGGAGGUAAUAACAGGACACAAGGACUACCCAGAUGUUACAAGAACAUCAUCCGAGAGAUUUGUGGAGCUUACACUUGAUAAAUGGAGGUCCAGAAAUCCAUUGAACAAAUCACCAGGCUAUAUACCAAAAAUAAGAAGAUGCAUUGAGAUAGGUCUAGCAUGUGUGAAUCCUGAGCGGAAGGGAAGGCCAUCAACAGGCGAGCUUAUAAAGUUGCUACAAGGAAGAAUGACGUUAGACGAGCUUUCAGCAGCGUCUAGAAUGGAAGCAACCUGUUUCCCGGCCGACCUAACUGCCAUCCAUGAGAUUCUAGAGAGGGAGGGAUACAAAGAAGACGAAGGGGUUGCAUCUGAGCUAUCUUUCCAAAUGUGGACAGACCAAAUGCAAGAGACGAUUACCCACAGAAAAAAGGGUGAUGAUGCAUUCCAAGCUGGAGACUUUCAGGCAGCAUUGGACAAUUUUACUGAGUUUAUUGAUACUGGGAUAUUGGUUUCACCGGGUGUGGUGAACGAGGGCCUUGCGGCAGGGAACGACGCCUCUAAUGCCAUCGCUACCAGUGAGGUGGGCGGCUCUGCCGCUGUCGUGACCGGGGGCGGCACGAUCCCUCCAGCCUCUCCGACAAGAUCUACUUCGCCAUCCGCCCAAGCGGCAGCGUCCUCGCUGUGGCGCAGCUCCUGCAUCCAGAAGCUGUAUGACGGGCCAAGGGUGGGCUCUGUUGAGCGCGCCGCCAAACGCAAGGCAGCCGGCAGCUCAUCUGAUGGCGGGGCGCGGCGCCGCCCUCGCACCUCCUCUGCCACUAGGAAGAAGAAGGCCAAGCUGCAGCACGUGUCCGAGCUCCUCGGGCUCCUUCUCCAAAAGACACCUAUGCCGCUCACCAGGGGCAAGGUUAAGCAGAUCGCGCGCUGCUGUGAUCUGAAUGUCGACGCCAUCCUCGAAGCGGUCUCUCAGAGCUCGUCGUCAUCCCCCAAGACUAGACAUGGAUAG